AUGUAUGCUCUUGCUGAUAUUACUGAGGGUGACUGUUACCUGCGUGUCCCGCCCGACCCGGGCACUGUGGCUGCUGCUCUAGGUGCUAGUGCGUCUGCUGCUCCAGGUGCUGGUACGUCUCCUCUCUCAGGUACUGCACCUACUGAGUCCUUGCACACCUUCAUACUUGACUCUGGUGCUUCGCGCUCUUUCUUUAGAGACAGCACCAUGCUCACGCCGCUCCGUCGGCCUGUUGCGGUCUCCCUUGCUGACCCCUCAGGGGGCCCAGUACUUGCACACUCCUCCACUGUCCUACCGUGUCCUGCGGCCCCGUCGGGCUUGCUGUCGGGACUCCACCUCCCCUCGUUCUCUACGAACCUGGUGAGUGGAGCUGACCUCCAGGACGCGUGGGUUGACCAGUUCACCCCUGGAGGUCUAGUCCUGCGUCUGCCCCCUGCUCGUGUCGUCCUUUGGCACACGAGACUCUCCUUUGACACCACCGCCUUGGUCACCCCUCCCUGCCUCGUCUUCGAGGGCCGGCAGCGCGCCGCCCCUCACUCCUCCUCGUUUCCUCCGACUGAGGCCCCUCUGCAGACUCUUCACAUGGACGUGUGGGGCCCAGCCCGCGUCCGUGGACAGGGUCACGAGCGCUACUUCCUCCUGGUCGUUGACGACUACUCGCGUUACACCACAGCCUUCCCCUUGCGCAGCAAGGGUGAGGUCACUGAGGUGUUGAUCGACUGGAUCCGCGGUGCUCGUCGCCAGCUCAGUGAGAGUUUCGGCUCAGACCUUCCUGUUCUACGCCUGCACUCGGACAGAGGCGGGGAGUUUUCCUCCGACCUCCUGAGGGCCUUCUGUCGUUCGGAGGGCAUCCGCCAGACGUUCACGCUUCCGGCCUCCCCGCAGCAAAAUGGGAUUGCUGAGCGCCGCAUUGGCAUGGUCAUGGACGUCGCUCGUACGUCCAUGAUCCAUGCGGCUGCUCCCCAUUUUCUGUGGCCGUUCGCAGUUCAGUACGCUGCGCAUCAGAUCAACCUUCAGCCUCGUGUCUCCUUGCCGGAGACCACACCUACUCUGCGGUGGACGGGGAAGGUUGGCGAUGCGUCCGCGUUCCGUUUCUACCACCCCACCUCGCGUCGUGUUCUGUCCUCUCAGGACGUCACGUUCGACGAGUCGGUGUCGUACUACCGUCUCUUUCCCUACCGCACUGCCUCUCCCCCCCCCCCGCCGCUCUUCCUUGCACCAGACCCUGCCGAGCCGGUCGAGGUAGCUGUCGACUCAGGUGCUGCUAGGGGUGCUGAGCCUGGGGGUGCUGAGACUGGGGGUGCUGAGACUGGGGGUGCUGAGUCUGGAGGUGCUCUGGGUGUCCCGUCGCGGCGGGAGCCCCUCUCUCCACAGCGGCUUCGUGAGUGGUACUCUCGGCGCUGUCGAGGUGCUGCUGGUGCUGGAGCUGCUGGAGGUGCUAGAGGUGCGACAGGAGCUACUGGAGGUGCUGGCGCUGCUGGAGGUGGUGCUGGUGCUGGAGCUGCUGGAGGUGCUGCUGGUGCUGGAGCUGCUGGAGGUGCUACUGGUGCUGUAGGUGCUGAAGGUGCUCCUGGAGCUACUGGAGGUGCUGGCGCUGCUGGAGGUGGUGCUGGUGCUGGAGCUACUGGAGGUGCUGCUGGUGCUGGAGCUGCUGGAGGUGCUGCUGGUGCUGUAGGAGCUGGAGCUGCUACUGGAGCUACUGCUGGUGCUGGAGCUGCUGGAGGUGCUGCUGGUGCUGGUGCUGGAGCUGCUGGAGGUGCUGCUGGGACUGGAGACCCUAUGGCUGAGGGUACCGUCUCAGUCGCAGUUGCAGCCGGCCCCUCCCCUGCCUGGUCCUUCUCCUUACUCUGGUCCGACUAG